AUGAUAGAAACCCUCAUGCCGCAUCUCGUCCAGUUGCUCCUGGCCUCUCUCGCAAACCAUGGCUUCACUCAUGCCAGUGCCUUGCCGGAAGUUGUCUUUAGACCAACCACAGAUGGAUCCGUCGGCGCCGUUGCUAGCGAGAGUAUCGAGUGCAGUGCUAUUGGCAGAGACUUGUUGGCUCGAGGGGUGAGGCUUUCUCCGCCAUCUUAUCGCAUGGACUCUACUGACUUUUGGGGUCAACAGGGCAACGCUGCAGAUGCCUUGGUAGGCACAACUUUUUGUGUGGGCGUCAUCGGCAUGUACCACUCUGGCAUUGGCGGAGGUGGAUUCGCAAUGAUCCGUGACCCCGAGGGUAACUAUGAGGCGGUCGACUUUAGAGAAGCGGCUCCUGCAGCAGGCCAUGAGGAUAUGUAUCAGGGCAAUGUCCCUGGAAGCAUAUACGGUGGCCUAGCUGUGGGAGUACCAAGUGAGGUUCUCGGGCUGGAAUACAUUCAUAGCAAAUAUGGCUCACUACAAUGGAAGACGGUCAUGCAAGGCGCCAUUCAUGUGGCCCGCGGCGGCUUCAGGGUUUCAAGCGAUUUAGUAGGCUACGUCGAACGCGCUGUCAAAGGAAAGCCCAAUUUUUUGGUGGAGGACCCCAACUGGGCACAAGACUUUGCCCCCAAUGGGACUCUCCUCCAGGCAGGUGAGAUAAUGACAAGAAAGCGCUAUGCCAAAACUCUGGAGAAGAUUGCAAAUCAAGGCUCCAAGGUCUUUUACACCGGCGAACUCGCGGAAACGCUGGUCAACUACAUCCAACAAACAAAUGGCACCCUGACAUUAUCCGACUUCAAAAACUACAAAGUCAUCAGUCGACCCGUCAAAAACGUCACCUACCGCGGCCUCAACCUAUACACCAUCGGCACUCCGGCCAGCGGCGCUAUAACUCUCAACAUUCUCAAAAUCAUGGAGCAGUUCGACAUGGCAGACUCGAAAGACACUAAUCUCACAUCCCAUCGCUUUGUAGAAGCCAUGCGCUUCGGGUACGGCGCUCGUUCCGAGCUCGGUGAUCCAGCGUUUGUCGAGGGGCUAGAUGAAUACGAAGCGCAUCUGUUGGAUGAGGUUCACGCCAAGCAUACUAGGGAGCGUAUUUCGGAUAAGCAGACUCUCCCAGUGAAGGAGUAUGAUCCCAAGGGCGUGGAAUUGCCCGAGAGUCACGGGACGUCGCAUAUCGUCACGGCUGAUGAGUCUGGGAUGGCCACGUCGCUUACUACGACUGUCAAUCUAUUGUUUGGUGCGCAGAUCAUGGAGCCGUCGUCCGGUAUUAUUCUGUACGUUCUCCCCUUCGCAAUUCAUGGUCAUAAAUCAACAUGUCAGUCUAAUAUUGAUAGAAACAAUGAAAUGAAUGACUUUUCCAUCCCUGGUGUUCCCAAUGAAUUCGGCUUCCAACCCUCCGUCGCCAACUUCAUUCGCCCCGGCAAACGGCCCCUGUCCAGCGUGACCCCCGUCAUCGCCGCAUUCCCCGACGGCAAGUUGUUUGCCACUGUUGGAGCAGCGGGCGGUUCUCGCAUCAUUUCUUCCACUACAAGUGCUCUAUGGCGCACCAUUGAGCAUGGGAUGACCAUGAAAGAGGCCCUUCGCGAGCCGCGUCUUCACGACCAAGUUAUGCCGAAUACUCUACUUCUGGAAUAUGGUUUUGAUGCUGAAACGGCGGCAGGGCUCAGGGAGAGGAAGCACAAUAUUACGUGGGUGAGACCAGGUUUGAGUGCUGUUCAGGGUAUUAGGAGGCUGGGUGAUGGGUUAUUUGAAGCGGCGAGCGAACCUAGACAGAAUAAUAGCGGGGGGUUAACAAUAUAG